UCCUGCAUAUUCUCUCCUUAGUAGCAACUAAAGGCGAUAGGAAAUCAUGUCAGGAGCACCUAACAGUUCGUCGGACCCAAGAAGACCCAACAAAGUGGCCAGGUACAAGCCCCCAUCCCAGGAGCGCCUUGACGACCCCACCCCAGACUACAUGAACCUGCUGGGGAUGAUAUUCAGCAUGUGUGGACUCAUGAUGAAGAUGAAGUGGUGUGCUUGGGCUGCUGUCUACUGUGCCUUCAUCAGUUUUGCCAACUCCAGGUCAUCGGAGGACACCAAACAGAUGCUCAGUAGUUUCAUGUUGUCCAUCUCUGCAGUUGUGAUGUCCUACCUACAGAAUCCACAGCCCAUGCAGCCUCCAUGGUGACACAGGAGCAACAUUGUAGAACUUUCAGUAAUCUUAAACAAUCAACAAAAAUUUUGAUAGCUUCCAACACAUUUC